CUGCAGGCUCUGGGAAAGGGACCAGCUACAAGUAAAAGCAAAGACGACCUUGUGGUGGCAGAGGUAGAAAUCAAUGAUGUCCCCCUCACGUGCAGAAACCUGCUGACGAGAGGACAGACUCAGGAUGAGAUAAGUCGACUGAGUGGAGCAGCUGUUUCUACUCGAGGGAGAUUCAUGACUGCAGAGGAGAAAGCAAAAGUGGGACCAGGAGAUCGUCCUUUGUACCUUCAUGUCCAGGGUCAGACACGGGAAUUGGUUGACAGAGCCGUUAACCGAAUUAAGGAGAUAAUUACUAAUGGAGUGGUGAAGGCAGCCACGGGGUCUACUCCGACGUUCAACGGCGCUACAGUUACUGUCUAUCACCAGCCCGCCCCUAUUACUCAGUUGUCUCCAGCCGUUGGCCAAAAACCUCCAUUCCAGUCAGGGAUGCAUUAUGUUCAGGACAAGUUAUUUGUGGGUCUGGAACAUGCUGUACCUACAUUUAAUGUGAAGGAGAAGGUGGAAGGGCCUGGUUGCUCUUACUUGCAGCACAUUCAAAUUGAAACAGGUGCCAAAGUCUUUCUCCGUGGGAAGGGCUCAGGUUGCAUAGAACCGGCGUCGGGCAGAGAAGCUUUUGAACCCAUGUACAUCUACAUCAGUCACCCAAAGCCAGAAGGUUUGGCAGCUGCUAAAAAGCUGUGUGAGAAUCUAUUGCAAACCGUUCAUGCCGAAUACUCCCGGUUUGUGAAUCAGAUCACCACUGCAGUACCUUUAGCAG